AGUCUGUGUCUAUGAGUGAAAGUGUCAAAACCUGUGAAAAAAAAGUGUCAUAACAAAAUGGAAAAUGAGGGUAAUCAAAGCAAUACUACUGCAACAAACUCAUCAGUAGCUCACAGCGCCGGCCCUGUAAGGAAAAAUAAACACAAGAAAAAGAAGAAGAACAAGAAUAAGAAAAAAAAUCAGAACCUUGGAGUCAAAAAAACAAAUUUUAAGGGAAACCGGAGGAACAAUAUGACUUCGUUCGCAGAAAGUCUUUCAAACGCUGCUACCUGGCAGUUCAAGCACCAAAUAGCGUAUUGGAAAGCGAAGGCCAAGGCUUUGGAGUUCGAAAACAGUGUCCUUCAUGACAUCAUCAGAAAGAGCCAGCUAGGGGGCUCAGCAUCCAACAGCACAGCCGAUAUGUCAGUAGAAGAGUCUGCUGAGUCUGACUCCGAGUCUUCUAGCAGUGAAAUAGAGUUCAUCAAUGGUGUAAAAGAGAGCGCAGAUCCUGAUUUGGAAGUCAGUGAAGCAUUCAUUGAAUUUCUGUCAGCAAAUGCCAAGUAUAAGGAAGAUGCAAGGCUCGAGCGGGAAAGGUACAGAGCUCAGCAGAAUGUUGAGUCAGAGGGUGAUAAGAUCAAAAGAAUGGAGGCUCCACCAUGUAAGGAUCCUGUAGACAAGACUAAGGAGCUGCAAGAGCUCUAUGGAAGUGAUUGGAGGAAGAUAUCCACCCUGGAGACAGCUGCACAAUGUCAGUUUAUGUCGGAGAGUGAUAAAUGUAAACCCACCUUUUGGCCAAACAUUCCCUUUAAUUUCAAUUACAGUUGACAUAAUAUUAAUUAGAAUAUAUUUUGUACUUUUGGUAUUCAUAAAUAAUAAUUGCUUAUGAAGUU